UGAACCAUUUUAAACCCAAUAGAGAGAUUGUACAGCAUAAUAAAUCCAUGCUUUAAAUUUAAAAAAAAUCAUGGCACAUUCCAGGAUAGACUUCAGUGCUUCAUUAACACAGGACUCUGAUGAAGUUCAGGAAAUGUUUUGUGAACAUUGUGAUAAACAUGGCAAGCAAUAUGUUCCGGUUGAAGGAUUUUGUGAGGAAUGUUUUGAUUACUUGUGUGUUACAUGUCUGAAAUUCCAUAAAAGAUAUAUGGACUCCCAUACUAUCAAGGAUAAGGAUAACAUGCCACAGGACUUCUGUCAAGAGAAAUGUUCUAUUCAUCAAGAUGAAUUAGUCAAGUUCUAUUGUCAAGAUUGUAAGAAAUUGACCUGUACUAAAUGCAAGAUUCAAAACCAUUGGAGCUGUAGUAGGGUCAGCUAUUUGCCAGCUCUAGUUCCCGGGAUUGAAAACAGUCAAGAAAUCAAAGAACUCACUGAAAAUCUUGAUGAGAUAAUGAAAGAUUUGGAGAAUACAGAAAAACAUGUGUACAUAAACAUGAAUAAUGUUGCUUCACAAGAAACAAAGAUAUUAGAUAAAGUUACAAAAAAGAAAAAAGAAAUACUGUUAGUGUUUGAAAAACAUCAGAAAGAAAUAAUUCAAGACUUUGAGAAGGAAAUAGAAGAAAUCUUAAAAAGACUUAAACAAGGGAAAAAGGAGAAGAUUGAAAAAAUACAAGAAAAUCAAAGGAAAGUAGAAAAGUUAUUAAACAAUGAGGAGAAUGAAAUAAAGAAGAAAAUUGAAAUCAUAAAAAAGAAUGACGAGAAAAUUUUGAAGACCAUUGCCGAAGAAACCUCAAAAAUGAAAACAAAACUAAACACUAUAUCAACAGAGUUGGUGCAUCAUCAAGGUACAGAUCGAAGAUGUCAACUGUUUAUUGUUAUGAAGAAGGGGCAGGAAAUCAUUGAACAAUUGAAACCAGAUGCAGAUAAACACUGUAAAAACAAUUCUAUUCAUUUCUACAAAGUUGAUGCACAGCUUCUGAACAGAAUAGAAGAUUUUCCAACUUUUAAAAAAUUUUUUUAA